UUGUGUUGCUGAACUGCUUUCUAAUUCCACGUUUUUUCUUAGGUCCUCCUGAUCGUCUGCAGGAAAAAGAAGAUUUGUGCAUCUUCUUAGCACUUCAUAUGGAAAAUUCACCAAAUUGUAAAAUUCCGGGAGGGAAUGAUGGGGAUAGUCAACCAAACACAGGAGGGAAUGAUGGGGAUAAUCAACCAAACACAGGAGGGAAUGAUGGGGAUAAUCAACCAAACACAGCAAUUUUUUGCAAAACUGGGAUUGUCAUCUGUGAAGCAGAAAAACCAAAAAGGAUUAUCACAAUGGACUGCUCCACCACGGAGUUGCAUGCUGUACCAAAAGCAUUGUUAAGACUUCCAAAUGCAGUGAGAGGCUGUGAAGUGUAUCUCUCUCGAAUGCCUUGCCUCAGUUGUGCAAAAUUUUUGGUUCAAGCACAAGUCUCCAAAGUGUCCUACUGGCCUAAUCUUGAAAUGCAAAUCACAGAAACAAGUAUGAAUCAACUUGAAGUGGAAACAAAACAGGUUGACAGCAUCUUUAGAGAAAGCUAUAUCACUGCAGAAAUCUACAUACCAAUUCUAGAUUAUAAAACAGUGGAUGAGAAGAUUUUUCCAAAGACUGGAUCACCUGACUAUCAUAUGACACUUGCUCCAAUUAAUUCCAUAUUUGACCAGAAAGCAUCACGUAAACUUCUGGAAAUACUUAACCUGCAGCAUGUUAAAAAAGAGAAUCAAUUCACAAAAUCAUAUAAAGAAGAGAUUAAAAAUGCACAGAAAUGCUUUCAGAAAUUGGCAAGUGGUAUUGAUAAUCAGAUAACUGAAAAAAAUGUUGAAAAAUUAGUACAUAUCAUUACACAUAAAAAUUCUGAAUAUAUUCAUCCAUUACAGCUCUGUUACUUACUAGCAGCAAGAAAUGAUAGUUAUAAUGCUGGAGUGGGAACACUGAUCUACCAUAAAGACAUCAUUGUUGCUGUUGGCUACAAUGGAUAUCCAAAAGGGACAGUGAAUAGUCUGUUUGCAAAGAAGGAUGACGGCAGUUUUGAUGAGUGGGGAGUCAUAUGUGCAGAAGCUAAUGCAAUCAUUUUGAGAACUGAGGAAGAUCUGAAUGGCGCUGUAUUAAUCACCACAGUGGAGCCCUGCAGUGACUGCAUGAAACUGAUUGAACAAAUGAAGAUACAGAAAGUCAUUUGGCCUGAUCGAGUGAGAAAUGACCAAGCAAAAGAAGCAACUGAAGAUCCAGCAAAUAGUGGAGUACCACAGCUCAUGAAACCUAGAGGAGUCGUAGAUCUGACCAAGUCGUUUGAAAUGGAUGAAGAGCCAACUAAAAUAAAGGACACUGAAGAAACUUCAGUCUUAGGAGAGGAAGGAGAGAAGAAGGCUAUAGUAGCAGAGGAAGAAUUAUCAUCUGGGAAAGCCACUGUAACUUCCUCAGAAGCAUCUGCCUUGCAAGGAGAUGAUUCUGAUGUAACAAAAGAUGUCAGUGAAGAAACAAUGCCUCUAGUUUCUUAGAUUGAAUCAUUGAAGUUUGCAUCCCAUAAUGGAGAAGAACCAUGUGUGAAAGCAGUAGAAGACGAAGGAAUAAACAUCUGGAAUAAUCAAAAUCCUCAUUCUCACUCAAAUAUUGGGAAAAUGAACUUGAAAUGUCGGGGAUUCUAUGACUUGUUAUAACUUUACUAAGAUUUAUAGGUGUCUCUCUCCAGGAAUUUUGGCAAAAAAAAUGCAGAAAACGUAUGUUUUGCUAGCAGCAAAAAUUUAUUUUUAUUAUUACAAUAAUGGAUGGAGGUUUCAGAUGAGAUUGUGGAAUCCCAUUGUGCUAAGCACUUUACAAACACAGUGACAGUUCCUGUCUAAAAAGAGGCCCCUGGGCGGGCAGGAGGGGAAGCCCCAGCCCAUGGGGCCAGUGGGGUCCGUGCCGGGCACAGGGGCGGUGCUUGGCCUGGCUCGGAGGGCACAGAGCAAGGCGCAGGGGCAAGAGCACAGCCCCAGCCCACUGCCCCCACUGCCCUGGGGCCGGGACUUUGCCUGGGGCCGUGGGGGCAGCAGUGGCGCAGUCUGGCGGAGUGCAGAGACCCAGCAGAUGCCUGGCCGGCGCUGGUGCUGGGGCCUCCCCGGGCCGGCGGCUCUGCUGGGUCCCGGCGCCCUGUGCCCGCCGGAUGUGCCUUGCUGCCCAUGGCCCUGGGCAGGCAGGUACCGACCCUGCCGUGGGGGGCUGCGGCCAUGGGCAGAGCCGGCUUGGGCAUGGGGAGGUGGCCCCGCACAGGCGGGCAUGCACCCCACCUCACCCUGCACACGGCCGGGGCAGGGGCAGGGUUUGCACACGCAUACUCACACAGGCAGGGGCCGGGAUGAACACAGGUGGAUGGGCAGGUACGCAGCAUCCAGGGGUGAGCACAGGUGUGCACACACCCAUGCACUCAGAAACACACAUGCAUGCACAUAUGCGCACGUGCACACCCGCCUCCACACACAUGUUCACGCACACAAAGUUGUGGGCACUACAUGCAUACGCAUUCUCGUGUACACCUCAGGCCAUAUAGCCCCCCUUUUCUCUUCCUGACUAGCGCAGGGCCAAGGGGGCAUUCCAUGGGCAGAGGUGCCUGCCCCAGCCUCCAGCACCCAACCCUACUUUUUCUGUAACUGGUUUAGAGGCUGCCUCUGUCAUGACCAUGGUGGGUCUCACUACUCCACACAUGGAGAGCCCAUGGGGCCACCUUGCACAAAUGCAACCAGUAGCAGGCAUUGGCUGAUGGAAGGCAUUUUUACUGGUGCCAACAGGCUAAGAGACACUUGGGAGGGAAGUGGGAGUUGGUGGGCAAGCAGUGCCUGCAGCCUGAGUGCAAAUGAAUUAGGGUUAGUGUGGACCCAGUUGGACAGGGCAGGGGAAGUUGAGAUGAGAAGGAAGGCAGGCUGGGGGUAGCGGCUUUGUGCUGCUGCGAGAUGAAACUAGGAUGCUCUGGGAGGGGAAACAAGGUCUAGUGGCUUAGAGCAGGGGGCCUGGGACUUUUACCUAAUCAUGCCCUGCCUUGGGGUCCUGGCUGUAGGGGAACACCCCGCUGUGGUUUGGAAUAGAAGAGACUAGGUGGGCACUUCUACUGCUUACCAUUUCUCCUCCCCCAGAGUGAUGCUCAUGUAGAUCAGGCUUGUCCAACAUACGGCCCGCGGGAUGAUAAAAUAUGAAUAUGGCUCGCCAGCCCACUGGGUGAUAAAAAGUUCAUGGUUCGGCCCCACAUUCAAAAAAGGUUGGACACCCCUGGUGUACAGGAAUGUCAACCACUGGGUGGCAGUAUAGCAGUUUUCUCCUCUUCAGGAUGUAUGUUAUUCUCUGUUAAGUUUGUGGGACAUAUUUUGUUGCAGCAUUUGACUCUGUUUAGUUCUGUGGAAUCAUAAUAAACAGGUAUCCCGUAUGAUGUAUUGUUGACUUCCUAUUCACAAAUCAUGAAGGAUCAGGUUGAUUUUGUGGGGUAGCAAGUUAAACCCAGAUGCUAUUAAGUAACAUGUAAUUAGCUUCAUAAACCUAGAUCUUUUGUACAGUUAAUUGUACCUUUAACAUUCCAUAUGGGAUUUUCAAGAGCUGAAGGGAGCAAGGCAUGCCAUUUUCACUGAAUUCCUUCUUUAUCAUCCUUGCUACCAUUCAUUUCUGAUCGACUUCUCAGCAUUGCUGCCUCCUACACCAAUUCCCUUCAUGUUAUCCUGCAACAUCAUUAGUAUAGUAUUUUAGACAGGGUAUGAAGCUGAUGCCAAAUAUUUCCUUUCUUUCUUAUUGCUAAAAGUAAUAUCUGUCACUUGCAGUUUCUGGAUUAUCUAAGCAUGUUCUAUCAAUCACUAGCAUGUGUAUUUCAUGUCCAAUAAAUCAUCUAUUAUCAAUAACAAA